AAACAUCCUAAUCAUCAAUAAUCAGUACUAAAUUACUUAAGAGAAUUUGUAUCUUUGUCUCUGUCUCUGUUUCUAGUCAGAAAGCCUCUGUUUUCUCAAUCUGUCAACACGAGGCGAAUCCAGAAUUUAAUCAUUAAAGAUGAAUAUCAUCAAAUCAUCCACUUCUUCUUCAACUAACAAAAGCACAAAACCAAGAAAGAAUGUUGGCAGCAAUGUAUGUAAUAUUCAAAGUGGUAAACAAAAUGCAGAGGAGCAACAGAACAAUUGCAGAUAUUUAGGUGUGAGGCGAAGGCCGUGGGGUCGAUAUGCUGCAGAGAUAAGAGAUCCGAAUACGAAAGAAAGGCAUUGGUUGGGAACAUUUGACACUGCGGAGGAAGCAGCGUUGGCCUAUGAUAGAGCUGCACGUUCUAUGCGCAGCAACAACAACAAAUCUAACAAACCCAUUCGGACUAACUUUGUCUAUUCCGACAUGCCACAUGGUUCUUCUGUCACUUGUAUGAUUUCCCCUGAUGAGGAAUAUCAUCACCAAUUUCAACUUCAUCAACAACAACAACAAUUACUGGUCUUUGGGGAGGCCGAGAAUGUUUCUGUUCCCGCUGUUGACUACGCUGACUUCAGUCAGUUCUCCAUUAGCAGCACGAAUAAUGGCGGUGGUGGCGGUGGAGAAUUUCCAUUGCAACAGUACUAUAACCCCAACUACAAUGUACAUGUGGAAGAAAGUUACAGGUACGAUAGUAAUAAAGCAACAUCAACAGAAUUACCACCAUUGCCGGAGGAUAUAACAAGCAGCGGCAACUUCUACUACUAUAGUGAGGAAAGUAAUCAUCAAACUACUCAAUUUCCGGCAACAACAGCAAUAUCACCAGUUUCAGAUAUGGCAUAUAGCAGUAGUAGUACUACUAGCCUUUUCAACGAAAUGAUAAUGCCAAUGAGUUUUGGUACAAACAAUGAAUAUCAAUAUGGCGUGACAUGUGGAGGAGUAGGAGGAAGUACUAUCACUACAGCAAGUUGUACAACAUCUGAGAGCUAUAACGGUUUCGGGUUUGAUGAUUGUUUACAGCCACUACAAUAUUGCAGCAGUAACGUUAUGCAAGAUGAAUCCAACAACACUACUUUGAGUUAUUGGUUUUCAUAAUUUUUUUUGGUGGGCUUCCCAAUUUCUUUUUUCUUAACACUAGAUGAUAAAAAAAUAUUCGAACGUUCCUCGAACAUGAAGGCACUUUAAUACUAAACCAUUAUAUGUUGGAGGUAGAAUUGGAGUUUGAAUGCAAACUUCGGUUAAUUUCUCCUUGUAAGUGUUUGUCUUCUUAAUUUGGUCUUACUAAUUAGUACUACACCAAU